AUGGGAAGGAAAGCAAAAUUCAAUAAGGAAGGUGAAAUGGUCAAGAAGGGUCCAGGAAAAAAGGCGAAAAAGCAAAAAGAUCCAUCUUUUCCAAAAACAUUACAAGAUAAUGAUAUUCCAAAAAAUUUGAGUCACAGGCAGAAAUUAAGAGCUAGAAAGAGAUUACAAAAGGCUGAAGCACUGAAAGAGAAGAGAAAAUUGAACUCAAAAAAUAACAAUUCUCAAAAACCCAAGCUGAAUAAGGCUAAAGAAAUUACAAAUGAAGCAUCAGACAGUGAGCCUUCAGAAGAAUUUGAAAUUGAUAGUGAAGAGGAUUUUUCAAAUUGUGAAGAGGAUGUUGAAAUGAAACCAAGUAAGGGCUUUACUGAUGACAACAAAGCCUGGUUGCAACCCAAACGAAAAAUAAAGAAAGCAGAAUCUGAUGAAGAAGUAUCUUCUGAAGAAGAUUCUUCUGAAGAAGAUACUUCAGAUGAAAUAAAUGAUGACAAAUCAGAGGAAGAAACCAGUGAGAAACUGGAAUCCCUGAAUGACCUCUCUGAGGAAGAGUCUGAAGGCCAAGAUGAAUUCUCAGAUUCAGAUGGGUCAAAAGAUGAUGAUGAGGAAGAUUUACUUCCUAUUGAAAAACAAAGCAAAAUCCUGAGGAGGGAACAGAAGGUAGAACGUGAACUUGCUGAGAAAGAAAUGGAACUCAAUGUUGCUAGCCAAGAGGCAUUCAAAUUCCCAACAAAAGAUCAAGAUGUCACUAGUUUACAAGAAGUCCAACAAAGAAUAAGAGAAAUAAUAGCUGUUCUAACAGACUUCAACAAGCUUCGUGAUGUGAAACAUUCACGCUCAGAUUAUUUAGAUAUUUUGAAAUCUGAUCUGUGUACUUAUUACAGCUACAAUGAAUUUUUGAUGAAUAGAUUCAUGCAACUAUUUCCUCUUUCUGAACUCUUGGAGUUUUUGGAGGCCAGCGAAGUACAACGUCCUCUCACAAUAAGGACCAAUAGUCUCAAAACAAGAAGAAGAGACCUGGCACAAGCCCUGAUCAACAGGGGCGUCAAUCUGGAUCCAAUAGGAAAGUGGAGUAAGGUGGGCUUGGUUGUGUAUUCUGCGCAGGUACCCAUGGGGGCCACGCCAGAAUAUCUUGCUGGGCAUUAUAUGAUUCAAGGUGCCUCGAGUAUGCUCCCUGUGAUGGCAUUAGCUCCUCAGGAAAACGAGCGCAUACUCGAUCUGGCUUCGGCUCCUGGCGGGAAAGCGUCCCAUAUCGCCGGUAUAAUGAAAAACACCGGCGUCUUGUUCGCCAACGACGUGAACAAAGAUCGAAUCAAAGCCGUGGUCGGCAACUUCCACAGAUUGGGAGUCGUCAACUCCGUCAUUACCUGCAUGGACGGAAGGAAGUAUCCGGAGUAUAUGAAAGGGUUUGACAGAGCUCUCCUUGAUGCUCCUUGUACGGGUACCGGAGUCGUGGCUAAAGACCAAAGCGUCAAAACUAGCAAAGACGAUCUGGACAUCCAGCGCUGCUACAACUUGCAGCGUCAAUUACUUCUAGCGGCUAUCGAUUGCGUCAACGCGAAAUCUUCCACCGGCGGCCAUAUUGUCUAUUCGACCUGUUCCGUGCUCCCAGAAGAGAACGAGUGGGUUAUCGACUAUGCGUUGAAGAAGAGAAACGUAAAACUGGUGGAAACCGGUCUGGAUUUCGGCACCGAGGGAUUCGUGAAUUACAGGCAUUACAGGUUUCAUCCUACCAUGAAGCUGACCAGGCGGUUUUAUCCACACACCCAUAACAUGGACGGGUUCUUUGUUGCCAAGCUGAAGAAGUUUUCUAACGUCAUUCCGGCUACCACGGACGUGGGAACAGAAGAAGAAGAAGAGGAGGAAACGUCAGUUGGAACGACAGAAGAAGAUUCAGAGGAACCAAUCAAAAAGAAGAAGAAACAAGAACUGGUGGAGAAAAAUGGAGUUGAGACGUACGCAAAGAAAGCAAAACCUGAAAAAUUCAAUCAAAAAAAUCUGAAGGUGAAAGAAAAACAGCAAACCUUGAAUGACAAAGGGAGAACUAUUAAGAAGAUGAAGAAAAAUUCACAAAAUGGUCAAAUCAGUGGGAAGCAGCAAAAACUUGGGCCCUUAGCACCAGCAAUUGAAGAAGAAAAGUUGAAAAACAAGAAGAAUAUCAUCCAGAAGUCAACGUUCAACAAGGAGUUUUCUUCACCUGAAAACUUAGCUGCUAGAAAAAUAGUUUCAAAUGACGCGUUACAUAAGAAAAACAAGAAAACUAAACCAUCUGCCGCUGAGAACCUGGUAAUGAAAGACAAACUGUCUAUGACAAAGAAGAAGAAGAACGCAUUUCCUAAAAAUUCUGUCAAUGCAAAUGUUUCGAAUGAUGGAGUACUCAAGAGAAAGAAUAAGAACGCAUUGUCACCUAGAAAAUCCGAAACUGAAAAGGUUUCAGAUGAUAAAGUUCUUCGAAAAAAGAAGAAGACCUCUUCACCUCAGGGAUCAAGUACUUCAAAUGAGAAAAAGAAGAAGAAACUAUUGAAUUCCACUGACUCUACUGGAAGCGAUAUAGUUUUGAAUAAAACUUCUAUAAGCAAAAUUCGAGUUGAUAGUAAAAAAGUUGAGUGGGAUGAUGUGCCAAUGGAAGCUGUGAAAAAAUUGGGUGACAAAUUGAAGAAAAAACAUAUGAGGAAAAAGUUGGGAAAUCUGGGGAAACCUAUGAAAGUAGAGAAAAAAGGGAAGUUGAAUAAACAGAAAGGAAAGAGUAGAUGA